AUGAACUGGUUCUCCUCGUUAUUCUCCCAGGGCUCUUCUCAAAGCUCGAGGAGAGGCCAGGCAAUGAGCUCGACUCACGAAGCUUUCUCAAUACCAACGUCAUCUCCAAUCUUUGCUUCUCAUUCGGACGCUUUCACUCCAGACGUACUCAAUACUCCAGAUACUUCCCGUAGUGCCUCUUAUACCUAUCCUCCACCAAGUCCUGCAGCGUAUAGCUAUGCCUCUACAUUCACAAAUUCUCGUCCAAAUUCUCUUCUGCCCACUCAUCACGACCAAUUCCAUACACCCAUCCUACCACGCUCCGCAUAUCCUCCGCUAACGCAAACUUGGAACCGUUUGCGAGCCUGGCUUACUCGAGAGUACCCAGAACUUGGCGACACACUUAAUUAUGGAAUUCUUCCGCAGGACCUCGCUCAGAUAGAAUUGCAAUUCGGAUUUCCGCUUCCUGCAGUCGUCCGAGAAUCUUAUCUUGUUGUAGAUGGUCAGGAAGCAGAGUCAGCAGCUGGCUGCGCAGAAGGUUUAUUCUUUGGUCUUUUCUUACUCCCGUUGGAGGACGUUCUCGAGGAGUGGCGGUUCUGGAGAGAAGUCGACGACGACCCAAAUACAGGUGCUAACGCUCAACUUCGCGACGCUAUGCAAUCAAUACCUCCAAAGUGGAUUCGUCGAGAAUAUUCUCAACGCGGUUGGAUCCCUCUUGUAGCAGACAAAACAGGCAACUAUGUUGGAAUAGAUCUCAAUCCAGAUGAUAGUGGUACAAGCGGUCAGGUCAUAGUGUUUGGUCGCGACUUUGACACCAAAGUCGUCUUGUUCAAUGGUGAUGGUCCAGCAGGGUGGGCUAGGUGGUUAGCUAGUUUUGUAGAGGAAUUGGAAAGCGGCGAGGGCUUCGAGAUUGGGAAGGGCGAGGAUAAUUCAGAUGACGAAGAUGAUGUUGGGUAUGCCAGCUAUUAUAAUGAUGGGAGUGGUUCCGGAGACGGAGGUGGUGAUAAUGGAUUGGGAGGAGGUCUUCGACUUACUGGAGAAUAUAAAGGAUGGAGUGUACUUGAAGCUUGGGCGGAUAAGAGUGUUAGAAAGUGGUAUGAGGCCGGCGUCAUUAAAGAUACUGUGGACGAAAAGAAAGGCAAAGAGGCAGAAAAAGUCCCGUCGUUGCAUUUAUCGCAGGGUGCUGCUGCAGAAGUUCCAAUUCCUGUUCUUGACGAUGUUGACAGCGUCGAGGCCACAGAUCUGCGUCCGGGCUCGGUUGCUCCACCGGCCAAUUUGACGAGUCCGACGGCGAUGAACAGUCGGAGACCUCCAAAUCUUCCGACCAUCCACAUUACGAAACCUCCUCUGCCACUACCCGUGGAACUUCCUACGCCGCGCGACAUCGUAGCUCUUCCUUCUCCUCCCGAUUCUAGACACUCUUCUUUCGAUGAGGAUUUGGAAUCCGGUCGCGCAAGAAACAUGUCGGAAUUCCCUACGGAUAAUAUUGCUGUUUCACGCCGUGUCUCCCCAGUCGAUGCUGCAAUAACUGUCACAUCACCUCCUUCACCGCCACCUGAGGACCUUUUGGCCGAUUCUGAUUCAGUGUUAGAAACAACUCCCAUCAUUCAAGCGGCAGCGCUCUCAUCGCCAGACUCAAUUGAAGCUGUUAAACAUGAAACACCUAACCCUGAAUCCCUUAUCGAUGCGUCUUCUGACAGCGCCCCAUUACCUGAAGAACGUGUCGAUGACACAGAGGAUGCCAUUGAUCCAGACGUUACUAUUCGGUUAGUCGGCGGGGGCGGCUCAUCUGGUGACGUCGCAGAGUUGGCAAAAGAGGAGAUCAUAUUGGAUGAAGCAGAUGUCGACGCAGAUGUUGCAUCAUUGGCUUCUACAACGUCAGUGGCUUCAGAAUCUAGUCCUUCCAAGGAGAAAAAACACAAGAAAACAAGAAGUGGGCUUGCAGGACUAAAGAAGCUAGGAUUGGGGAAGAAGAAGAAAGGUUCGGUCAGUAGUGUUAAAGAAGCCGUUGCAGACUCUAAACAUUAA